AUGGAAGCACUCUGGAAUUUAGAAGAUAAAUGGAAGCUUUCAACACAUAAAGCUCUCAUCUUCUUUGCCUGCAUUGUCUUUCUCGUUAUUGUCGUCCUCGGGCUUUGUGCCGCCACGGCUCUGAGAAAGAGAGCCACCAAAACCGUUCAAGAUCGUGGUGGUGUGGUUGAGCCAGGGGUGGCAAAAGGGUCAACUGGGCAAUGGCUAAGGGCGAAGGCGGCUUUGACAGGCUCAGUGCGGUGGAGCAAGGCUAGUAAAUGGGAUGGGAGUUUGAGUGCGAGCCGAAAAGAGCAGCCUACUCCGUUGCUGGCUAGAGGUGGUGGUGAGGUGGGGUGGCCAAGCCAUAAUGCGGUGUCUCCGGUGUGGCAGCGGCCGAUACUUAUGGGUGAGAAGUGCGAGUUGCCGAGGUUUAGUGGGCUCAUUCUUUAUGAUGAAAGAGGGAAGCCACUUGAUCAAAGCCACUCUGCUGAUAUCCAGGAACAGCCUACGGUUAGAGCUACUUUGCGAGAUCUUCUAUAG